GUGCCCUGUAUAAAAGCGGCAGGCGGCACCGCGGACUGCGCACACAGGACUCGAGAAGCAAUCAGCUCCCAAGUUAACUAAAUCUCCCCCCAAGCAGCAACAGCAGCCAUGUCAGACCUCUGCGUUGGAAUCAAUGGGUUCGGUCGUAUUGGCCGUCUGGUCCUGAGGGCUUGCCUCCAGAAAGGCAUCAACGUUGUGGCCAUCAAUGACCCCUUCAUUGACUUGGAGUACAUGGUCUACAUGUUCAAGUAUGACUCCACCCACGGCCGUUACAAUGGCGAGGUCUCCCAAGAAGGGGGCAAGCUCAUCGUCGAUGACCACAAAAUCUCUGUGUUCCAGUGUAUGAAGCCACAAGAGAUCCCCUGGGGCAAGGCCGGAGCCAAGUAUGUCGUCGAGUCCACCGGAGUCUUCCUCAGUGUGGAGAAGGCCUCCUCUCACAUCCAGGGCGGCGCACAGCGUGUGGUCGUUUCCGCCCCCUCACCCGACGCCCCAAUGUUUGUCAUGGGAGUGAACGAGGACAAAUACGACCCCUCCUCCAUGACCAUUGUCAGCAAUGCCUCCUGCACCACCAACUGCCUGGCCCCCCUCGCCAAAGUCAUCAAUGAUAACUUUGGCAUUGAUGAGGCUCUCAUGACUACAGUCCACGCCUACACAGCCACCCAAAAGACGGUGGACGGUCCCAGCGCCAAGGCCUGGCGUGAUGGCCGCGGCGCCCACCAGAACAUCAUUCCAGCCUCCACCGGUGCCGCCAAGGCAGUGGGCAAAGUCAUCCCCGAGCUCAACGGCAAGCUGACCGGCAUGGCGUUCAGGGUGCCGGUGGCCGACGUGUCCGUGGUGGACCUGACGUGCCGUCUGACCAAGCCUGCGUCUUACGCUCAAAUUAAGGAAGCCUGCAAGAAGGCCGCCCACGGACCCCUGAAGGGAAUUCUCGGUUACACCGAGGACCAGGUGGUGUCCUCUGACUUCAUCGGUGACACCCACUCCUCCAUCUUCGAUGCUUGUGCCGGCAUCUCCCUCAACGACAACUUUGUCAAGCUCAUUUCCUGGUAUGAUAACGAGUUUGGCUACAGCCACCGUGUUGCCGACCUGCUGCUGUACAUGCACUCCAAGGAGUAGGCACUUCCUGUCCAGAAAGGAAGUCCAGAAAGGGACCACCCCAACUCCCCCUACACCCUCUUCUCUUUCACACACAGGCGCCACCCAUAGCCGAGUCACAGCAUCACAGCUCUACCACAGUAUACGUAGGCAGCAGCCACCGUGUGUUCGAGUGUUCUGAGUUCAUCUUGUUUUUUCCUUUAAUGACUAUCGGUCGGUGACAGUCUUUGUGUCCGUUGUGCCCCCUCUCCCCCCCCCCCCCCCCCCCCCCCCCCCCCCCACCCCCCCCCCCCCCCCCCCCCCCCCCCCCCCCCCCCCCCCCCCCCCCCCCCCCCCCCCCCCCCCCCCCCCCCCCCCCCCCCCCCCCCCCCCCCCCCCCCCCCCCCCCCCCCCCCCCCCCCCCCCCCCCCCCCCCCCCCCCCCCCCCCCCCCCCCUCCCCUCCCACUUUAGAUGUGUCCUUAUGGCUCAGUGCUAUGGUAACUACUGUAUCCAUCCCCCUGUUGUGUGUUCUAAAAGCGUAAUUGCCAGUGGAAAAGAGGACGCUGGGAGGCAGAGAUACUUGCAACUCCGCUGAAGAGUGUUGAAACGAAAAAAUAAAAUCUGAGAACCUCAAACUG